AUGACCACAACAUCCAAGAAAAUUAAAAUUAACCCUCCAAAUAAAAUGAUUUGGCUGGAUAAUACUGAUCAAAAAGUAUUUUUCAAUAAGAACUGGCCUUCCUUUAAGGACGCCAUUAUCAAAUUAUUAUCUGAUGAAAAAAGUUCCAAACAACUAUCGUACCAAACUUUAUACAAUAACGUUUAUCAAAUUUGUGUACUACAACAAUCAAAAAUACUGUAUGAUAAUUUACAUGAGGAAAUAACCAGGUUUCUAGACGAAUAUAAGAAGUAUACCACUUUGACUGAGUUGCUAACGCUAUGGACUGGUUUCAAAAAUAAAUCAAAAGUCUUGGCAAGCAUUUUUAUAUAUUUAGAUAAAGUCUACUCUACAGGCACACCAAUCCCUUCCACUUAUGAUAUGUGUUUAUUAACUUUUAGAGAUUCAAUAAUUUUACCUAAUAUUGAUUAUAUUAAAAAUGAUAUGAUCAAAGACUUUUACUUGAUUAGAGAAUAUGGAGUAAAUAUGCUGGAUGGUUUAGAUCCAGAGCUCCUUUACCCAGACAUAGAAAGCGUAUAUGAUGUGUUGCAUAAGGUAGUUAAUGUCUUGGAAUUAUUAGAUUUAAAUAAUAAUACCACAGUUUUUGAAUAUCACUUUGAACAUGUUUUACUGGGAGAAACCAAAAAGUUCUAUACAAGUUUGCGUGAUCAAAAAUUCAAAACAAAUCACUUAACCCCGGAAAAGUACCUGAAAUUUACCACUUCUGUGAUAUUAAUUGAAAAGGACAAUCUUCGGAAAAUUUUUACAAAUGAAGAUGUUAUCACAAAGUUUACUAAUUUUGUUCAAACUGUUUUCAUUGACGAUAAUUUGGAUUAUUUAAUCACUGAGGUAUUAAAAUAUUUUAUAGAACAUGAUGAUUACGAAAAUACUAAUGAAUUUAUCAGCUUGCUAUCUCUAGAUGAGGAAAAGAAUAGUAAAAAAUUCAUUGCAGCGUUUACUAAUAUUGUAGGAGGCUAUUUUUCGCAAAUUAAGGAAGAUAAGCAAUUAACACGCAGAAAGUCACAAAUCAAAUGGAUUGAAGAUUUUAUAGUUGGCCAACAAAAGUUUAUUGUACUUGAAGAAAGGAUCAAGUUUCCAGACUACAAAGUGCAAAUGCUAAGAGCUAUUAAUGAGUCGAUUUCCAAUUAUUUGAACCUUGAGGAAUAUAAACCAGUAGAGUAUUUAUGCCAAUAUAUCGAUAGCUACUUAAAAAAUGAUGUUAAUGAAAAGUCGGAAAAUACGAAAACCAUUACAGGUAACAAUGGUGGUAUUUUACGCGAGCUGCAAGACAUUUUAAACAAGUGUGUUAGAUUGUUUCAACUAAUCAAAGAUAUAGAUUCUUUUGAAAAAGUAUACAAAGAACAGUUAGCUAAACGUCUACUUCAACAUCGUUCUAACAUUGAAGCUGAAAAAUGGGUUGUCGCUAGAAUACGCAAGGAUUUUGGUGGUAGCUACACUGUUAAGAUGGAAAGUAUGAUACAUGAUAUUUUGCUGUCACAAACAUACACAAAUAAGGUAUAUACACCUGCAGAUGUUGGAAGAUACCAUCUACCAGAAGGAUUUGAAUUGAAUACAUGCGUAUUGACCAAGACUAGUUGGCCAUAUGACGAAAAGGAUAGAAUUGAUUAUCCGGACGUAUGCUUUCCCCCUGGAAUGAAGGAGUUGCAAGUUGAAUUUGAGAAAAGCUAUAUGAAAUGCCACAAGGGUAGGACAUUGAAAUGGGCACAAAAUUUGGGGUACAUGGAUCUUGGGUAUCAAUUUACAAAAAGCUAUCAUGUUAUUACCAUGCCAGUUUAUGCUGCGAUUAUAUUAUUGUUGUUUGAAGAAUUUGAUACCUUAACGGUUAGGCAAAUCGAGACAUUAACUCGUUUACCAAAAAAAACAAUAACUAAACAUUUGGCAACCAUGGCCUUGGCACCUAAAACGCAAAUUUUAAUAAAGGAACCGUUAUCCAGAAUGAUUAAAGACCAUGAUGUGUUUUCCAUUAAUGAUAAUUUCACAGCACCAAGCGAAAAUGUCAAAUUAAUGAAUGUCAUGACCAAAGCAGAGCACGAAGAAAAGCAAAAAUCAAAUCCUAAUAGAAAUUUUAACGUUAUGAAGACUUCGGCUAAAGAUUCCACCAAAUGGCAAAUAAAAUCGGCCGUUAUUCUUAUUAUGAAAGAGAAGAAAGAUUUACCGAUCUCUGACUUAAUAUUGGAACUAAAAUCACGUUUUCCUUUUGAUUUGGAUAGCCCUGCAGGAAACACCAUAUUACAAGAAUCUCUAGAGUAUUUAUUGAACAAAGGUCACUUGGCGAGAAAUGAAGAUGCCACGCUUCAUUAUGUAGUUUAA